CGAAGGCAAUGGCAAGGCAAGUAAACAGAAAAACUAUGACAACAAUAGUAAUAAAUAAGCUUAUAAUAAUUGUGUAUGUUGCGUAAUUUAUAUAUUAAUUUGAUUCCCAUCGAAAUGUUCCAAAAAUGUUUUAAUUAUAUUGAGAAGUAAGCAGUAAGCACGAUGGAUUCAGUUAGCAAGAAGUUCAUCACCGAAAUGUUUUUGGACAGCGACAGUGUUACAUCUAUAAACAGGCUAGUGGUUGCGGUUGCGAAAGUAGUGAACGAAAACUGUGAAAACAUUUCAACUAUUAAUGAAAUUGUUCAAAAAGAAUAUGAUCAAGGAUUGCUCCCCAACGACACGAACCAGAAAAAGUCUCAAUAUGGUCUUCCGGUCUCACGCACAUCCAAGAACUUUUAUGAAGAAAGUGUUGUACAUUUUACUAAUGAUGACUACGUGGAACUGUUCAAAAUGAAAAAAAGCACAGUGGAGGCUCUCAUCAACUUUUUGAAAGACUUCAUAAAGAUAGGAAGCAUUGUACCAUUGGCUAAAAAAGUUCAUGUCUUUCUUUGGCUGUUGAUCAACUCAUCAUCGUGCAGUGAAGUUGGCCUCCUGUUCAACCUGCAUAAAUCAACAGUGAACGUGAUAUUCCAUGAAAUUGCUACACUGUUAACUGAGCAAAGAUAUAAUUUUAUCAGCUGGCCAUCAAUAGAAGAGCAACAUCUCACAAGGGUGAAAGUUAAUAAUAGAUUCAAUUUUCCAAAUUGUGUGGGUUUCAUUGACGCUUGCAGAUUAAAGGUAUCAUCUAUAAGAAAUAAAAAAUCGAAACCUGAAAUAGUACUUCUUCAGGCAGUCUGUGAUGAGUCACUCAUGUUUAUAGAUAUCCAUGCAAGUGAAAUUGGAAGAACAAGGAAAGGAAGAGUAUUUAGAGAAAGUAAACUUUCUCAGGAGCUGAAGAAUUUUAUUGAUUUUGAAAAUCACAUACUAGGCGACUCUCAGUAUAAGUUGAGGAAAAAUUUGAUAACACCUUUUUCUAGUGAAGAAUUACUAACCAGUGAAGAGAUGAAGUUCAACGAGGUUCACUGGAAAGCUCGCUCAUAUAUUGGUCAUGCAUUUGAGCUGCUUAAGGAGAGAUUUAGAAAGUUAAAUCAUAUUGACAUCAACAAGCCUGAAACUGUUAAAACACUGAUAUAUGCUUCGUGUGUGCUUCAUAACUUUAUAUUACUCCAUGAGGGGUGCCCGGAUUUGAAAGAGGAAGCAAUUGCUUGUAAUGAUGGUGUUGUUAUUGAUACAAAUAUUGUCACAAGUGCAGUUGAAAAGCGCCAAUUUCUAUGUAAUUAUAUUAAUUAUUUGGAAAGUACUUAACCCUUUAAAUCAGCGGUCGGCAACCAGCGGCCCGCGAACCUCUCACUUGCGGCCCGCGAGUCUCCCUGACUAUUUUGUGUGUAAUAUUGACAAAUGACAAUGUCUGAUAAAGUCAUAAAUAUUAACAAAGUGCGGCCCGCGUCCACUUCGUUAACUGCUAUGUGGCCCUUGGCUGCUAAAAGGUUGCCGACCGCUGCUUUAAAUGACACACUUAUUGUGUGCGGCGCGUCAUUCUGAACCUUGUCAGAAUGCACAAAGGUAUUGGACUGUAGCUGCGCGCGUCAGUUGACGUCUUUGGCAAUUAAAUGGUUAAAUCAGUGACUAUGGUUUGGUAAUCUACCUAUGUAAAUCAAUACAAAAUAAAUGAACAUUUCUGUA